AUGGCAAAACGUGCACCGGAAGUGACCGCCCUCACCUGGUUUAGCCCGCCGAUCGAGACGGUUUCCCGGGGUGUGACCGCUGAGCAGAGCCCAGCUACGUGGAGCCACAGGUGAGAUUUGGGUGCCAGCAAAGGGACUCUAGGCAUAGUCUCACCUGCAAGCAAGUGAGUGACCACUACGGCCAUCACAUGGACCCACCGCUGGACACCCCUACACCCUCCACGCACACACCUCGCGCUUUUUAGAUGUCCAGGUAGCUCCUAACGUUGUCAUAUCUGUAAAGUCAGUAGUUCUUCUAGGGCUGUUGGCAUGUCAGUGCAUUCAGCAGCUCAUUUUCUGUUGCUAAGGCAACUUCUUAGGAGCCUUCCAUCUUUACAUGUCCGAUAAGCAGAUACCCUUAGACGCAGUCCUUGUUUUAGAGUCAGAGUCAUUUAACUACCUAGGGUAGGCUAUCAUGUCUUCAGCUUUCUUUUAAAAAACAGUAUCUUUAGCGGACCUCAGGGUACCACGCCUCUGUUUAUAAAAAAGGGAAUUUUAUGGCUGGCCUUUGACUAGGAUGUGUUUGACUGCAUAGGCUUGAAGACGAUGCAUGAUCUCCUUGGCAGACAUUGAAAAAACCACGGCGAAAGCCACUGCAAUUACCUUCAUCAACUGUACUAAGAAAAAUCUUUAACAUUUCAGCGGCAUCUUCAUGGCCCUUUGCACUGGUACGCUCUUCGGAAAUAUCUUCGUCCCCACACUUUACAUUCAGGGAAAUUAUGAAAACGCAAGCCAACAGGGUAAACAUUGUUUUAUUAAAACGUCUAGUAAAUUAUACACUGUAGCCUUUUUGACCCGUUUAACGACCACUAACUGAGAGACGGGAAUAGGAAAAUUUUCUGCGGAAUGUUGUCGAUUGAAAUCUGGAGAGACUUGCUGAUAGCACUAUGGUCGCAUUUAUCGAGAGAGAGAGAGCGCGUAAAUUCUUAGAUUGGAUUUAAAGAGAAUAGUGUAGAUGUUGUCGACCGAAAUUUAAGACAGAAAUUGCCUAUAUGACUGUGAUUGCACUUAUCGGCUGGAAAUGGCUUUGGUCUUCGUCUUAUGCGCUUGUUUGCUGCCUAUGUUUCUUAUAGACGAGAGUAAUGCAGGGAAUCUUCCGGCCUAAAGUUUUGACAUAAUGUCGCCAGAGGCGAUAUUGAAAAAAUUAUCAUGCACUUCCCCUCCUCAAAGAACACUUUCUAAUAGAAGAGUGCAUUCUGUGAAAUUAGAAUUGUGCGGGUCUUUACCAGUAGCCUAUCUGGAAACAAUGCAUCUUUCUAAUACUUUUCAAGGAUAUUGCAUUUUGCUGAAAUGAUUCGUUGAGGUCGACGGGCCAACGAGCUGAACGUGUCACCGGGUCCCGACCGGUAAACGCACUUCCAAAAUAAGUUAAUAUUCCCGAAGGGACUACGAGCCCGAGGCCCGAGGGUGGUGUUUGAUGUAAUAAUCUUCAUUGAUGUUAGCUGCACUAAAGCCUUCCCCUUGCUGUCGUGGGUUCGAAUCCCACCGAGGCGCCAAGUUUUUCACAUUUGGGUCAAUAUGAAUCAUUCAAAAUCUGACAAAACAUCCAUGAAUUACGUGAGCCUGGUAGUCAUCUGGUGGAUCCUAGGUGAUUUACUUAGGAAAUCCUGUUUGGGCAGUCAACUUACUGUAUCAGAUUUGGUGGAUUCCAGACGUUGCAGUAGGUUGGGCGGGUGACUUGACCCAAAUGUUAUUAAACUCACGUCGUCCGGCGGGGCCUCGUAGCUCAAGUGGUUAGAGCGUUGGCUGUACUAAAGCCUUCCCCUUACUGCGUGGGUUUAAAUCCCACCGAGGCACCGAGUUUUUCACAAUUGGGUCGAUAUUAAAGGUCGAUUUAACUUACACGCGAAAACGGGUCACUGGGUGGAGGAGAGUGCGACCAUCACUGAGCAUCUUCCUUUUAAUAGACAAAAUCUCGCACAAGUCGUCUUUGUCCCUUUCGUACAGGACACUUCAGGGAACUUACAUUUCAAGUCUCUUGCUGAGGAGACUCAAACUGAUUCAAAUAGCGUUCUCUCUGCAUGUCGGCAGUCAGGGUUUUAAAGUCACCAUAGCUAAUAAACACUGCUUGUCCGUAACAGGGUACGGGGCUAAAAAAUAUGCCUCAAAACUGUCUGCUUACAUCUCCUGGUGAGCCGAUAGUAGUUUUCCAGAAAACACGCCCAAUGUCUGCCCCACUUUCAGCCCUUAGUCGGAAUGGCGUCACUCGCAUUGUUGGUCCUGAAAACGCCUGCUCUCCUAAUAGGACUCCGCGACGGAAUAGUCGAUCCUAAGUCUGCCACCUUUCGUGAGUUAUUUCGAUAUAAAUUCUAGCCCCUACACACUGAGAUAGCCAGCUGCGACGACCUGAAUCCAAGCGCAACGGGACCUACAGUUGGACAUACGCUUCAGUCAUGGAUACUCUUAUUAUGAUAGUAGAUGUGGAGAAAGUUGGCUGGGGAGGGGCAUGAUCCGUCGUCAUGGUAUUCGCAACUGCGGAUACCUACUGACUAAAAGUCUAUGAAAGCUAUAGUUUUAUCGGAGGAAUGACUGCGAUUGCGGCAAAAAUUUAAGAGUAUAUAAAACUCUUGAGUUGAGGAAGUACGCGAUUUCUAAUUUCAGCUCGAACAAACUCGACUGACGAUUCCCAUAAAGCCGGGAAUGGCCAUCCCAACCAUCCUCCAGCAGUACUCACCUUGAAUAAGGAGACACGAUCGCCGGGACAAGAGCUUUAUUAGCCUGACGUUUCGGAUUCCUACUCGAAUCCAUCAUCAGAGACAAAAAAGCAGAAACGGGUGGUUGCUGCACAAGGGGCUGCGGUAUUUAUAGGAUGCAGUAGCCAUGCUACCGCAUACCUAUGAACAUUCACGGCUCCCCCCUUCAUCCGAGAUCGUCGCACGUGGUGUGAUCACUGCUUGAUGACCGACAUUCGAGUCGAUAAUUGCUGCAAUUUCAUCACGUGCGUUGGAUGUUGGCGUGAUGAUGGCUCGACCAUCUGACCCACCGACCCCGGUGUUGGGAAAAGUGCUCACCUCUGCGCUCCUCGCGUGACUUGUUACUCCGCCUUGGCGAAAUUUUAGCACGCAGUAUAGAGUGGGAAGAUCGUUGCACUUGUUGAUGGACUGGGGGCCAGUAAACCAUGACUCCAGUAGCUCCCGGCUCACGCGGUUUUGACCUCUUGCGAGAAUUUCGGCCUCAUCGAAGUUGAAUGUGUGGCCGGAUCUCGUCGAAUGAGCCGCAACUUGAGAGCUGGUGUCAUUUCUGUGCACCGUUGCCGCGUGUUUGGCCAUUCUCGUUUGGAGCUGUCUUCCGGUUUCUCCGACGUAGUUGCUUUGUCCGCAACUGUACCAGACCCGAUAAACGACUCCAGACGUUUCUAGCCGUGGCAGUGGGUCUUUCGGUUUCAUGACCAGACGCCUGAUGGUUGCCUCCGGUCUGUGUGCCACUCCAACCCCAAGUGGUGCGAGAAGGCGGCCGACAGCUUCCAAAACGUUCUUGACAUACGGAAGUGCCCGCCAAGAUUUGGUGUCCGUGCGGUUAGGCCUUUCGUCCCUUUUGCGUAUGCACCGGUCGACGAAGUUGCGCGGGUAGCCAUUGGCUUUGAAGACCCGUCGGAGGUAUUGUAGUUCGUCAAUUUUGUCUUCCGGCUCACUGCAGCGCGUUUCGACACGCCGAAAGAGCGUCCUUACACAACUGCGUUUGUGGCUGAUUGGGUGGUUACUGUUGAAGUUCAGUACUUGCAUCGUAUUUGUCGCUUUCCUGAACACGUUGGUUUUUAGUUCGCCACAAUGUUUGCGGCAUACGAGGACAUCCAGGAAGGCCAGCUGGUUGUUCUCUUCACCUUCUACAUAUUGGUCAGUGCGUGACUGCCUGCAAGCGCUCUACAAGUACGCCCCGCAACACAUCCGGUAGACACCCAUACCCAUGGGUAACUGAAAUGUCAAACCUUCAUGGUCGGGCAUGGGAUGGAGGCUAGUCAAUAAAAAGUCUCCUCUAAUAAUCCCGUCACCUUCAGUUUUGAAUGCGACUCUUAGCAUAAUUGAGACAAGCAGUACUUUUAACUAUGUCCUUACCAGUCCUAUUAAAUGUUCAGGUAUCAUACUAACAUCUUAUUUGUGCAAGGAAGUCCAUUUCCUAGACGUUUGCGAUAUUGCAGUUGCGAGAAUUUUUGGACCCAUAAGGGCAAACGGACUUUAAGACAGCAAGGAGAUAGUCGAACUCCCCGGGGUUUUUUCUCAGCUAAGAUUCUGCCCUGUGUGAAACAACCCGAGGUUACGUUUCAUACCAAACAGCAGUGGAGCGCGAUAUGAGUAUUUGUAUUCAUGCGAAAGCAGAGUAAAAUUAUUCUGCCCAAAAUUUGGCGCCCGCGCUUUUUGGGACCAUUACACAACUUCCGCUCAUCUCUUUGAAAUUUUUAGGACUUGACUAUGUGUUCCCUGUUUGCGCUGGGGUCUGGCUCGCCUCCACUGUCAUAUUCGUCAUCUACGCCUGUAUCAAACGCAACAAACCCUGGAUCCCCGCCCCUAGUGCCAUUCUGCCGGCCCUUGGCAGUGGAAUUCUCUGGGCAAUCGCGGAGACGGCCUGGUCUAUAUCAAACACGUCCCUAGGCGAACCCAUCACCUUCCCGAUCGUUACCACUGUGCCAGCUCUGAUUACCACACUCUGUGGCGUAAUCUUCUUCAAGGAGAUCAGAGUGAGUCCGCUGAGCAGCUUUUCCAUAAAUACCUUUGACCUCCCUCGGUAGGCUUUACUGGGUUUCUAUUCGUCGGCCUCAAUUACACAUAUAGAGGACACUUUCUUCCACGUAAUCGACAAAGUUUAGCCAUUUGUGGGUAGCGCUUGACUGCAAAUUGGAAAUUUUUCCAGUAGUAACUGAAAUUGGCUAGAUAAUAGCAGAAAUUUUCGAUGAUUUCCUAUCAACUUUAGAGAAUUCAGUGAAAGUUUUUACUCGCUUUUGUCGAACAUAUUCUUGCACAUUUCGCCUUUUAUUACUGGAUCUUCUUUCUUGACAAUGGCUGCAGAUGAGAACUUUCAGUUUGCAAGUUAGCUUUUCGUCGACGUUAGUCGGUUUUCGGUCGUCUAUCUAUAUCUCCUAUUCGUAAGACUUCAAAUAUCUACCAUUGCGGCUUUUUUACAUAGGACGAAGGACUGUUUUUUGGCCGUCUUCCAUAAAAUUAUCUUCCCUCCCCCCCCCCAGUAAUAUUGUGAACUCACGCUUAACGUCAGUUUCUUAGUGUGUGCAUUUAAAAGCGAGGCGAGCGGAAAUGGUGGGGAUCCAGUUUAAGUGGGAUACAAUUUUUCGACUUCUGGACUGAUUUUCAACUGUCAUGGAUUUGAUUUUUUUCGCAUAAUAAUGGAUAUUUUUUCUCCUUUUAUUUUAUUUUUCAACUCACAAAGUUAAUUGUGAAGAUGUCAGAUAUCCUUGCUGGUUGUAAGGUUUAUUAAGAGGUGUAAAAUGCCGACAGCCUGCACGGUCAACCAUUAUUUUUUCUUAGAAAGCUGGACUGAGCUGCUUGAAGUUGCUGAGGAUACCAUAUCCCGAGACUGUCCAAUUUCAUUUAUGGUAUAUAUAUAUAUAUAUAUAUGGAAAGGUAAUACCGACAAAGACAAGGGAGACCGGAAUGGCCAUUUCUGGCUUAUUAGCCGUCAUCAGCCAGUCAUACCCAACCCCAAGUGUGGAUCACUUGAGAUUCGAACCCGGGAUCUUUGGUCAUGGAGUUGAACGCUCUACCAUUGAGCCACGGGCCCGUUGUCCUGUCGGUUGUGAUCGGGAAUAUUAAUUAUGAUAGUGGGCGGUAUUACCUUUCCAACAUAUAUCACUAGUCGCUGUGCGACUGCCUGCGAGGGUUUAAGUAUGAGCCCCAAGGCACAACGGAACGAGCAUGUUCCGUAACCUGAUCGGUGAGCGCCCACUAUCAUAAUAUAUAUAUAUAUAUAGUGUAUGAUUAUUAUCUGGAGUUCAUAUACCAGAAACCGCAUAGAGAACGCUAGAGGAUCCACUGAGGGGCCGAACCCCUCGCAUCGGUUUGAUACAGCGGUAGGAUAUCGGCGAAGCCCGUGCCAGGGCUUUUAGCUUUUACUUAUAUCGGGAGUAUGGCAUAAUACCUUUGCCAAAUGUAUAUGUGUUAGAACAUAGACGUCCUAAUUAAUAUGAGGUGGAGGCAUAUAAUUCCGACAAUGGCUGGGAUCCGCGAGGCCAAAAUCAGCCAACGUGCGUGCGCUGGGCACGGUUAUAAUACGAGGCCGGCGGCAGGGCUGAACAAAUCAAGGCCAGCAGGAAACGCCAGUGACCGACUCUGAUGAUGGAAACGAGAGUGUUUCCGAAACGUCAGUUUGAAUACAGUCUGGUACAUGAUAUCGCCUUCUCUUCUUCCUCUUCCUCGGCGGAUGAUAAACACGGUAAUAUAUCUGGACCCCGAAUCUUCACGCAUAUAUAUAUAUAUAAUGUUAGGAGGCGCUCACCGAUGGUUCAUACGGAACUCACUCGUUCCGUUGUUCCUAAAGGGCUCUCUCUCGAGCCCAACCAGCAGCCGCGCAGCGGCGCAUGAUAUAUAGGCAGAAUGAUAUUACCCCUUGUCUUUGUCGGUAAUAUUAUUCGGCCUAUAUAUAUAUAUAGUAUGAUUAUUCUCUGGAGUUCAUAUACCAGAAACCGCAUAGAGAACGCUAGAGGAUGCAUUGAGGACCCGAUCUCCUCGCAGCGGUUUGAUACAGCGGUAGAGUAUAGGCGAAGCCCGUGCCUGGGCUUUUAGCUUUUACUUAUAUCGGGAGUAUGGCAUAAUAUCUUUGCCAAAUGUAUAUGUGUUAGAACAUAGACGUCUUAAUUAAUAUGAAGUGGAGGUAUAAAGUUUUUUUUGGAAGAAGACCAACUAAACUUCUUGCCUUUUCGACGCUGGUUCCCCAAGUCGUUGUCAAACAUGCAGUAAAUGCGCAAAAGCUUAAAUUUCGAAAAGGUCUAAAAAUCGAUACCAGUUUGUCAUUUUUUCAAAAAGCAACUGCCGUGGACGGUUAUACCGUUCGGAUUGGUCGUCUUUUUGUACCCUGCGCCUAAUUUAAUGCAUGAUUCGUUAGAGUAUAUGGCCUCCAGAUAUCCCUGGCCCUUCUUGGAUUGGCAGGUGCCAAAGAUGCGGAUUUGUUUCCCAAACAUAUGCAUGCUUUCCGAAUUUCAACCGGUGGCUUCUUCUCCAUACUGCCAACUAAUGUUCAUGUGUGUCUUGAGGUCCAUUUUUCCGAUUGACCUCACUAUGCCGCAUUGUAAGCGUCGCAUGCCGUCUUAUAGAUGACUUCUUAUCUAAAUAGCCGACCCUAUCUCUAGGGUAUACAAGAUGGGUGCAUAGUGCAAUCGUUGGUUUGACCUCUAUUUGUGCUUGGUGCUUCCUCGUAAGUCUCUCAUUCCACCCGUUCACAUUCAUAAUGCAAAGUGGGAUAUGUUAGCUGCGGAAACAGCAUAAGAAAUAAUUAAAUUGCAUCUAAUAACUUUCGUUGUCAGAGCAGUACAAUUUUGCUGCAUUGAGUAGUGAUACCGACAGGACCCCAAUUUAAAUGCUGGCUGAAGUACUAUAUGGGUGUGUUUUUAAUAUUUCCGUUGGUUUCCAAACUCAUGCCCCAGAAAAUUAACUUGUUUCUUUCCAUUAGUAAUUUACGAAAUCACGAGUUUAUUGCUUUGGUAUAUCAUCGACUCAAAGCUUGUUAGUUUUUACACAGAUAUUGCGAAAGACUUACUUGUAACUAACUGCAAAACUAUUUGAAAAAGGGACAAUUGCAAUAAAAUGAUCCCACCCAGUGGGAAGCCUUUAGUUUAUGCAUUUUAUAAGGCAUGCGAUUGCAGGUUCCAAAUCAAAAGGCAUUAACGACUAUUUCUGUUUAUUCACUCAAGGGCCUUCGAAACUACAUUCUCCUCGGAUGUGCGUUUUGCAUAACUACGACCGGUGUUGUCCUCAAUGCCCUAUCUCUAUGA